GCGGUGGGUUGGCCCCGCCGGCGCCAUGUGAUGCCCGCUCCUCCCGGGUUCUCCCGGCGCAGCGCGGAGGAAACAUCCCGGGGCCGGAGAGCAGCGCUGCGGGGUCGAAGCAACACGGUGGAAACCGGCGGCUGCAGCCCCUCUGCCCACACAUCCCCCCAUGCUUUUGGGGAUGAGCGCCUGCAGCAGGAAGGCGCUGACCCUGCUCAGCAGCGUGUUCGCCGUCUGUGGCCUCGGCCUGCUGGGCAUCUCCGUCAGCACCGACUACUGGCUCUACCUGGAGGAAGGCAUCGUCCAGCCCCAGAACCAGUCAGCUGAAAUCAAGCUGUCACUGCAUGCAGGGCUCUGGAGGGUCUGCUUCCUGGCAGGUGAGGAACGUGGCCGGUGCUUCACUAUAGAAUACGUCAUGCCCAUGAACAUCCAGCUGACAUCUGAAUCCACAGUCAACGUCCUGAAGAUGAUCCGCUCUGCCACCCCCUUCCCUCUGGUCAGCCUCUUCUUCAUGUUCAUCGGCUUCAUCCUGAGCAACAUUGGUCACGUGCGGCCACACAGGACCAUCCUUGCCUUCGUGUCGGGGAUAUUCUUCAUCCUGUCAGGUCUGUCCCUGGUGGUGGGGCUGGUCCUCUACAUAUCCAGCAUUAAUGAUGAGAUGCUCAAUAGGACCAAGGACUCGGAGACAUUCUUCAAUUACAAAUACGGCUGGUCAUUCGCAUUCUCUGCCAUCUCAUUCCUUCUCACAGAGAGCGCUGGGGUGAUGUCUGUGUACCUGUUCAUGAAGCGAUACACCGCCGAGGACAUUUACCGACCUCACCCCGGCUUCUACCGACCCCGUCUGAGCAACUGCUCUGACUACUCAGGGCAAUUCCUGCACCCAGAUGCAUGGGCACGGGGCCGUAGCCCAUCAGACAUCUCCAGUGAGGCAUCUCUGCAGAUGAACAGCAGCUACCCGGCUCUGCUCAAGUGCCCCGACUACGACCAAAUGUCCUCAUCUCCAUGCUGAGUGUCACCACCACCCACCUCGCGGUCCCAGCAGCUGGUGGUCACCAUCCUCACUCUGCUCAUCGUUUUUAGGCCUCUGUUUCAGGGCAAUUGUCUGUUUAUAGGAGCAAAAAUAUAACCACAGAGAUUGGUUAUAUAACCAAUAAUGUAACUUAGGGAAUUGGAAUCAUUUUUCUUUCUUUGUUGUUGGUUUUGGUUUGGUUUUUUUUUUUUAAUUAUUUAUAUUUCUCUACAUAACUGAAAUCUGUCCACAGACCUCUUCCUUCAGGUCUUCGUGCUGAGCUAACAGCAGUUCUGCCUGAGGAAGAAAGCCAAGGCUUGACUCAAGAGCAGAAAAAGAAAAUAGAGUAGAAGUAGUGGAAAACAAUUAUUCUUUCUUCAAGGUUUAGGUAGGCUGUAGAAAUUUGUGCAUUUGGCUGUCAUUAAUUGUAAACUCACUGGCCUGAGAAAGCGUAAAGGAUUUGUGUAACUUUCCAAGAAGUAGUCCUUAUUAGAAAAAUAAGAAAUUUGUCUUGAAUGGAUAUUUGCUGGUCAAUUCCUCUCAUUGCUGGAUACCAAUUCUAACAUGGCUGCAAUGGGAAAUGGCCAUCUUUCUCAACUAUACCUCAGUAGGCUCAGAUGCCAGGAGGUUGGCAUUUCUCUGUGGCCAAUGUCACGUCCUCAUCCUGGAGGCACAGCAAGCACAGGUGCUCAGGCAUUGCUUUCCCUUCAUCAUCCCAGUGACAGGGUCUGAAGAGCAGCUGGGAGGAUUUCAGUUCAGCAUCAAGUGGAAGACUACCUAAAACCUUCCUGUGGGAAACACUAGGCACAAAAUUUAGGGAAAUCAUGUCUAUCUGGGCAAGGCCCAACCUAAACUGGAAGUUAUUUCAGUGAAAGUUGUGAAGUGGCAUAGUUGAAAAUAAUGGCACCCCACCACCAUAGGAAAGUAGUUGAUCUUUGUUUUAGUUUGGCAGAAAAAUGGAAUUUUAGCUGCUUUUUAUGUGCACGUAUGAGACUUGUUUUGAGGUUAUAUAUUUUAAGUUGUCAAAUGAUGCACUUUGGUCCUAAGAGAAUGCUGCCGGGUUGAGAGCAUCCAUCAGAUCGAGCAUGCCAUACCAGCUGUGGGCUCACUGCCUUUCCAAAGGAACUUCCUCAAAACUUCAGUUCUGAUUUUUAUUUUGAACCUUUCUGGACAUUUCUGUUCUGCAAAACAAAACCCUCCAAGGAUUCUUGGUAUAUUUAAGCUUGUUUCAUCUUACUAUUAUUAAAACUAAUAGAAUAUAUGUAUAUUUGACCCCUCAUUUGUAGCAUAUUAGAUGUAGCAGAAAUGCUGAGUCAUGGCCUGAAGCAGUGAUGGAGACCUGGUGGGAAGGCAGGGCCAACCCAGGGGAGCUCAGGUGUGUGCAAUGAACCUGAGUGACCAGAAGGGGUGGAGCCAGGAUCCUCCCGUUCCCAGACCUCAUUUAAGGGUUGGCAGUGGAGGCAAGGGGAUCUUGCUGGAGAUCUCUGCCUACUUGAGGCCUCCUGAAGGUAAGCAGCUUCUUCCUUUAUUUCUGUGCUUACAGCUGAUGCGUUUGAGUAAAUUCUCACAUGCUGCGGCCUGGAAUCUUGCUGCUCUGCUGUCAUUGCUGCGUAAUGAAAGUUCCAAUGUUUUAUCAUUACUUAUAAGCUAUUCUAAAAUGAGUUGCAAGUCUUGAGCAGCCACUGCUAUCUGCAUUUAUGCUGCCACUCAUCCUGGGGACCUUGCUGUAAGCAUACCUCAGAAUAAUGUCCUCGAAGCCUGUCUGUACAGGAAAACUUGUCUUAAGUCAGCCCAUGGAUCCCAAAGAAUGUUUUUGAAUGCCUUGUGACUGCUGACCAAGUAGGAAAGACAGUCUCAAUCUAGCUUAACGGAUUUGAUGUUGCUGUUUGGUGGCUUAAAGGCUGUUUGUUGCCUUUGUGUUUUCCUUUGCUUAUGUUUCCUUAUGUUCUCAAUUCUUCUUGUAAAGGAGAACUUCAGGACUGUGUGGAUGCUGAAUUCCACUCCAAGGCAUGUGGGCUGUCCUACACAUCUGCCUUCCUGCACAGGGAUCUGCUCAGUGUGGUUAAUCCUGCCCAGCAUCCUGGGACAUCCCCCCCCCCCAGCAGUGUAACUUUUCUUUGUAGUGAUUAAAUACAGAAUUAUUCACUUUAAAGUGCCUUCCUACACUAACAGAAAGUGUGGAAGAACCUGGGGCUUUCCUGAAGGCUCCAGAGGAUUUAGCGGAGUCUGGGAGCAAAUUAGAAGAGUAAUUAUUUUAAUUCACUGGGGAGAUUGUCAUUGUAUGGCACCAGUUGUGAGCCUGGGAGCUCACACAUUUACCCAGUGAGGAUGAGCCCUUCAUAAGCACAGGACUGUGCACCACAAGCCUUGCUCCCUCAGUAAUGCCACUGACUUUGGUCUCUCUCCUGUUCCAGUUUCUGUGUCAGCCUCAUGUUGUCCUGUGUCUGUUUCUUGGAUGGCAAUCAAUGAAAAGCAGAACUUAAGGAUGAGCUAAUAAUAAAUUAAAGGUUUGACACUUACAGGACUGGAGUCCUUAAAGUCACCGCCUCUGCUGCCAUACUCUGGUAGGAUGAGUAUAAGCAGCCAGGAAUAAUGAGGUUCUGCUGGGGCAUGCUUCACCUCAUCUGCUGCUGGCAUGGGGAGAGCAAGCCUUGCUACCUCGGGUGUAGCCUUUACAUCAACUUCAGCCAGUGUUCCAGGGUUGUGCAGGUGAAUUUCAGCCCAGCUGAGCUGGUUAAAGAGUGGAUGAAGGCACAGUGUGUGCAAGUUGGUGGUUCCAAGUGUGGAGUGCUCUGUUUGUGAGCCCUUGUUCUGCCUUAUAAAUGCUCUUCGUUAUGGUUCUGUGUUCAUUUUCCCAAAUGGGGGGUUGGAUUAUUCAAGGUCGUAAAACAAAUGGAAUACUCCUGUUCCUCCUACUGCUUGCUUGUUAGCAGCUCCGUGCAGGAGCGCAUGGGGUGAGAUUGCUGUGAGCAGGCAGGGCAGACACUGGGGCUGCUUUCCUUCACUAAUGAGAGGUAACUGAGAUUUUUUUCCUUUUUCUUUGCUUUCUUCACUUCUUAAAUAUCUAAUAUAAAAUAAAAGUGGCACUUUUCCCCCCCUCUCUCAGUGCCUCCUGCUGCACUUCUCUGUAUCCCUCCCAUGCUGUACAGGCUGAGGUUGUUCUGCCAGCUCCCCUUCUCCAAGGACCACAUGAGUUCUGUAACUAUUCUGUCUGCAGCAGUUGCUCCCCCACACUCAGUGUUGCUGUGACCCAGCAGGUGCCCCCCAUGCCCUGCCGUGCUCAUGGUGCUUUGCUGUCCUCUCUCUCCUCCAUGCACCGCAGGGUUUCUAUCUGUUGCUAUUGUAUGGAUACCAAAUUGCAUCCUGUUCCCAUGGAUACAGCCUAUAGGAAGGGAAGAGCUGCUGCUUCACUUUAUCUCUGUGUAAGGUUUUAUAUAGUUGAGAUUUUUUUGGGGCCGUGGGGACCUCAGUGGCAGCAGUUACAACAGGCAGGCAAUGGCUGCAGCUCCCACUCUGUGCAUCUGUAAUUGCAAAUCAGGAUGCAGCAGUUUUGAAGGAAAGAAGAGGUGACUCUGGAUAACAGAGUGCUGCCCAUCACCUGUCCUUCCCUGGGGCUGCAGGUGGAAAACAGCCCCAUGGGUCACACUGAUUUGGAUGUAUUAGAAUUAUUCUUGUUUGCAGUAAUAUUUUGCAGUGAUCAGCCUCGCUCAGCUGUGCUGCCAGACUCGGUCCUGAUGUCCAUGUCUGAGGAAUACACUGGCUCUGCAGGAAUGCUCUCCAGCCCUGAGCACUCUGUGCCACAGGCUCUGUCUGGCAUUUUUAUUCAAACCUUCAUAGAGAUCCUUAAACCUCACCCUUCUCUCCAUUCCCAGUCAGAGGAGAACUAUUCAUGCUCAAAUUGUGAUUAAUAUGCCUUCAAAACAUGCAGUGCCAGCAACCAAGGUUAUUCCCCAGCAAGCCAUCGCUUUUGACAUCAGCUCCUGAUAAAUCUUCUGGCUGUGAUGAGCUGCAGCUGCUUUUAAUCUUUAAUGCUAGAGCAGAGUGAAUCCAUUUCUCUGCAAGGAGAACCACGUGUGAGGGUGCAGAGGAGCUGAGGGACUCGGAUCCCUUCAGCCUUGCAGCUGCUGUGGUUCAGAGCAGCAGAGCAGCGUUGUUCCAGCCAGGCCUGCCUGUCUUCUGUUCUAAUUUCUCCUUAUGGAAUGAGGUCAGUAUUGCCCUAACUCUAUCAGGCACCUGUAAGUCUGCAUGUAGAUGGAUCCUAGACACCCAGCAUUCUGUUGCUAACCAGCAAAGUGUGUGGGCACCUGCUGGCAUCCCCUGGCCUCCUACACACACACAUCCCAGCCAAAAUCAGGCAUGAGCACAGUGCUUUCUAGUUGAUGAGCUGCUGUUAGAGGAACUGGGAGGCAUACAGGGGUGAGGAGAUAGAAACACCCAUACCUUUCUUAUUUAGCUGCAGUGAUAACAUUGUUAAUGGGGUGUGCACUCAUGGAAAUGCAGCCUCAAGGUCUUCACAUCUGCCUGGCACUGUGAUGUAUGCCAUUUCCCCACUGCAGCUUCAUGGGGAAAUCUGUGGAGAAAGUAGAAAGAUGUUAUUUAAUUAACAAGAGAUAAUUAUAAUAAAUGCCAGGAUGUCGCUUGGCUGAACUGGAGGUGAGCUGGGAGGUUUUAUCUCAGUGGGGAAAUGGGACAUUUCCAGAGCUGGGGAUGCUGUUGGUGUCACACAGGGAUGCUGACAGGAACAGCUGUGCCUGACAUCUCAGUGUGCUGCCAUGUCAGCACAGGGCAUCAGUGUGCUCCUGCUGCAUGACUGUGGUGAGAGUGAGUGGUGGUGAGAGGCAGAGUGAGCUCUGACUGCUCCCUGUGAUGUGCAGACUGUGUUCAGCCCAUUCAGGAUGCAUCACAGUUGCCUCAGUGAAGGAGAUACGUGGGUUGGUGUGUUGAUGGCUGUAGCCAAAUUGGAGACUGGUUGACAUUCCCCUCCCCAGGAGACACCUGGAGACCUUAACGUAGUAGGGCUUCAGACCUAGACAAGUCCAAACACCAGAGUGAGGGCUUCUGUUUGCCCUUGAAAAGCAAAUGGUAUGCUCUGUUGUCACAGUAUGACAGGAGAGAGCAUCCCCUAUUCCUGCAGUGCUGAAUGAGUUUCAGACUGACCCAUGUUUGCUCAGGACACUGGAUUAUCUGUUAUUUACUGUUAUUAUUAUAACCUGGGUAAACAGAGGAGGUCUCCCUAGCGGUGUGGAAUGUGUACAUAGAGCUCCCGCCCCAUCAAAUCAUUUAUUUCCAUAUCAGCUAUAUGCUGUCAAAACAGCUCUACUGAUCUGACAGUUAAGGGCUCCAUCGCAGCAAUGCAGCAGCCCGCAGUCACCUCAAUGGGAGCAGGAUCAUUUGUAGAAGAAAGCAUCCUGGUGGGUGUGGGUUUCCUAUUGAUCUGCCUGAGAACAGUUGAAAUAAGUGCAGGAAAAAUGUAAACCUACCGUUGUUUUAUCCUCCCAUAAAAAGUAGGUCACGGCCCCAAUUGAAGAUGUAUUUUAUUCAUGUAAAUACAUUUUCACAAUUAAAAAUACAGCAGGAUCUCAGUGCUUCCAGUAGGGAUGAUGCUGGGGCUGCCUCAGGGCAGAGCCUCACUGCCAGUCGGGAACAUCCCACAGCCCCUGUGCCACGGAUGUGGGACACACAGUGCUCUACAAAGCAUCUCCUGGGUUUUCAGGAUGACUCCUCCCAGAGUCCAAGUGCUGUGCAGGGACCCCAGUGGCUGAGAAAAUGAAAUGCAGUGUAAAGCUGUGUAGAAACAGAUCUCCCAGCCUAUCCCAUUUAUCUGAAGGCACACAGAUGAUGCAGACCUCUGUGUUUCCCUGCUCAGGCUGAGAGACCUUCAGAUGGGGCAGAGGGUAAGGCCAGAUGGGCCAUCAGGUCAACCCUGCUUGUUUCCUCCAGCCAAUCCUACGUCUGCUGUGAGCUCCUGCUGCUCUGUAGUUUGCAGCAUUGUGAGAGUUACUCCCCUGAGAAGCCCAUAGGAAAUCCCAGUCACUCUUU